UAAACAGGGGGAGGAGACUAGGAAGAGGCCAGGCUCCUCACACCGGCUCUGACAGGACCUUUAAUCCCAGUCUGGGCUGUGUGGUUCGACCAGGCUGCUGCUGGAUCCGAGCUGGAGGACACAGUCAUGUAGCUGGUGGUGUGGUUUGAUGGACUGACCACUGCAGAUCAACCCAGGGAGAGAAGACGGACGUUAGCUGGCCUCUAAAGCCUGGAAACGGGAUGUUUGCCGUGUAUUCGCGGUGCUGCUCCUCACUGGGGACGUUUAUAAACAGGAGAACCCCGCAUCGCUUAUGGAGAGCCUGGUCUUCACACACGCACGAGAAGAUGCCGUGCUCAGAUGUGACAGAAGCCGCUGCUGUGUCUCCAGCCAAGAGGAGCAGGCCUGACCACGGCUUUGUGCUCAAAUUCGCUAAACUGACAGAAAACGCCACGACGCCGAGCCGAGGCUCCAGCAAGGCGGCGGGAUACGACCUGUACAGUGCUUAUGACUACUCCAUAGGGCCGAUGGAUAAGGCCAUAGUGAAGACGGAUAUCCAGAUAGCUGUUCCUCCGGGCUUCUACGGCAGAGUAGCUCCUCGCUCGGGUCUGGCAGCGAAACACUUCAUUGACGUUGGAGCUGGUGUUGUGGACGAGGACUACAGAGGAAAUGUUGGCGUGGUGCUGUUUAACUUCAGCAAGGAGACGUUUGAAGUAAAAAAAGGAGACAGAGUGGCUCAGCUGGUCUGUGAGAAGAUCUGUUACCCUGACCUGGUGGAGUUGGAGACCCUGGAUGAGACCGAGAGAGGAUCUGGAGGAUUCGGCUCUACGGGAAGAAACUGAAGCUGCUUGUGUUUUUUUAAAAGUUUAGUUUAUUAAACUUAUUAAAAUAAAGUUCUUUUUUAUAGAAAUGGUUGAGCCUUGUGAGGCGUUGUGACUGAGUUCUCCCAGCAGGUGGUGCUCUCGGCUCGUUUUCUGGUUGCAGCUUCAGGUAUGAAUGAAGUCGUUUGCGGCGGAGUAAUACUUGGACACUUCAUGUAGGUCUUAAUUUUAUUAAACGUGGUGUUUCAUAAA